AACGGAGACCCCACACAUCUUGCCAAAGAAAACGACAGCUUUUCCUUCUCAAAUUGAACUCCACAACAGUGGCCGGCUUCUUAUUAGCACGUUUUUGACACUUAGCUCCGUCCACUUUUAUAAAAUAAAUUGCAGUCCCUCCCAUCUGCUACUACAAUUCCCCUAGCAUUAACAGAUGUCAUGUAAAGCUUCCCUGUUCUCCCUCUCUCUCUCUCUCUCUCUCUCUCGUCUGUCAUGGCGUGUUUCAUUCUGUCUUCCCCUGUACCAAGAACCCUUCUGUUGUUCUCCUACCUUCUUCUUCUUCGUCUCCCUAAACAAGCGACUUCAACCACCACCAACUUCACCUUCAAUGGAUUCCUCAACUCCAACCUGACCUUACGCGAAGCUUCGGUGAUCACCUCCACCGGGUUGCUGCGCUUGACCAACAGUUCUCGCCAAUUGGGCCAUGGAAACAAGGGCCACGCAUUCUACCCAGUCCCCCUGCAGUUCAAGAACCACUCCUCUGGGAGCACAACUGUGUCCUUCAGCACCCGUUUCGUCUUUGCCAUUAUUUCGCAGACCGAAAAAUCCGGAGGUCAUGGCCUUGCCUUCGCAAUCGUACCUUCCACAGAAAUCUCCACCGCCGCCGGAGGCGAAUACCUUGGUCUCUUCAAUGAGUCCAACAAUGGGAACUCCUCCAACCACAUUUUCGCCGUCGAGUUCGACACGGUUCGAUCGGGAAGUUUCAGUGACAUCGACAACAAUCAUGUUGGUGUUAACAUCAACGGUAUGAUCUCCAACACCUCUGAAACUGCUGCCUACUUCAAUGUCAAGAACGAGAAGGAGGUGGUCGAUCUACUAAGCGGCAAGCAGGUGCAGGCCUGGAUCGACUACGAUGGUCGGCACAAGCAGCUCAAUAUCACCAUAGCUCCAUCAACGCUUUCUUAUAGGCCGAGCCGCCCAUUGAUAUCUUACACCACUGAUCUUUCCUCUGUUCUUCGCGAUGUCAUGUACGUUGGCUUCUCUGCCGGAACCGCAGGGUAUGCGAGCGAGCAUUACCUCUCAGCUUGGAGUUUCGAAAUCGAUAGAGAAACUACAGCUCCCAACGUCUCACGGGUUCCAUCAGCCCCAAUCAUAGCAAUAUCUAAGUCACAUUUCAAGCUUUCCAAGCUUAUACCCUAUUCUUCUACCCUGACAGUCUUUCUUCUAAUGGCGACUCUAGGAGUAGUUUGUCAAACAUAUCGGAGGUGGAAGCUCACUGCCGAGACAUUGGAAGAUUGGGAGCUGGAAUAUCCCCACAGGUUCUCCUACAAGGAACUCUACAGAGCAACAAAGGGCUUCAAGAGGGAAAUUCUUGGCAAAGGAGGGUUUGGAAGCGUCUACAGGGCGGUGCUGGCCAGCAACGGUAUGGAGGUGGCAAUCAAGAGGGUGUCGCACAACUCGAAACAGGGGAUGAAAGAGUUUGUAGCAGAGGUUUCAAGCUUGGGGAGACUGAGCCACAGGAACCUGGUUCAGUUGCAAGGGUGGUGCAGGAGAGAAGAGGAGCUGAUCCUGGUGUAUGAGUACAUGCCCAAUGGGAGCCUAGACAGUUUCCUUUUCGAGGACAGCAAGAGGAUCCUUAGUUGGGAGGAGAGGUUCAAGAUUCUCAAGGGAGUUGCUUCUGGUCUGUUCUAUCUGCAUGAGGGGUGGGAACAGAUUAUUGUGCACAGAGACGUGAAGGCAAGCAAUGUGUUGCUGGAUGCUGAUCUGACUCCAAAGCUUGGUGAUUUCGGGCUUGCCAGGCUCUAUGAGCAUGGAACCAAUCCUAAGACUACCCAUGUGGUUGGCACCUUCGGGUACAUGGCGCCGGAGCUUUCCCGCACCUGGAAGGCCACCACCAGCUCUGAUGUCUAUGCCUACGGUGCCUUGCUUCUUGAGGUGGCAUGUGGGAGGAGGCCAGUUGAACCAGACGAAUCCUAUGAAGUGUCUGUUCUGGUUGAGUGGGUGCACAUGUUGUGGAAGAAUGGGGAGAUACUGUCUGCAUUGGACAAGAGGCUUGGGUUGGACUAUGUGGAGGAGGAAGCAGAGCUGGUGCUGAAACUUGGCGUGCUGUGCUCCCAGUCUGUGCCUGAGGUCAGGCCAAGCAUGCGGCAGGUGAUUCAGUUUCUGGAUGGUGAUGCAUCGGUCAAGGAGUUUGCGCUGGAGAAGUUGGUCAUUGAUGAUAAUCAAGGAUUCGAUCAACUGGUCCUGCCAUUUCCGUUACCUGAGAAGUUGUUCUCAGACUGUAGUUCCCAAUUCGAGGCGCAUGAUCAUUCAGUGAUAGAAUUCAGCCAAGAGUUCAAGUAGAUCAUACUGCAUACCAAGAUCCAUUAUAACCACUGUUGAAGUGCCGGGCCUUUUUUCUGUCUUUCAUUGUGUCUCUCUUUCAGACAAUUAAGUUCUGUGUUGUUGAAGAAGAAAGCAUGCAGGUCUUCUUCCUGCUAUUCCCAAAGUGUAACUACUUUUUUGUGACCUAAUAAAAACCCUUUUGUAGAGCAA